AUGGUGCGAGUGAAGAACAAUAGGCCGAGUGCUAGAAGAGUAGCGAGUGGUGGGUCCGCCUGUAGUGACACUCAAUCUUUCUCUGACAGCGGAAAGUCAGACAACAGCGGAGGCAAUGGUUCGGACACUAAGUUUGCAUCCGAUUCAAUAUCUAACGGUUCGCGUCGAGACUCUUCAGGAGGCAGUUCUGUGACAGUGAAGGGAAGCAUUUGGACACAACGUGUUGAGGACACGAGUGAAUUGGAUGUCUUGCGUCGAGAACUCGUCAAAUCCAAGCAAACAAUCUUUGAAUUACAAGAAAAGGAGAGAAAAAUGAAGGACAGACUCGCGGAACAAACACAACGAAUGCUCGAAAGGGGCGUUCGCUUUGAGAAUGUAUGUCUUGGAGACCGCAGACCAACAGCUCUUAUCAGACGAUACGGAAACCUUUACGCACAGGCACGAGUGGACACAUUGGAUGCGUUGGACAGUCUUCAGGCGCUUAGAGACGCCGAUGAACUCAAAUCGAAACUCCUUUUCUCUGUAGUUGUCUUGGCGUUUCGUUCGGUUCAGCACUUGUUAGUAGACAUAAAGAGUCGAUUGAAUCAAUUGCUUCAGAUUCCCGACUCAUUAGAGGUGCCAACUAUUGAUCCGUCUGUUAAAGAGCUCGACUCAAGCGUUAACUCCUAUCUCAGGUCAACCACUGAUCGAUUCGAUGUCAAUAAAAACGUUGAGUCGUGCGAUGUGUUGGUAACAUAUGUGGGCGACUGUGUGAAACUGGCCUGGGCACUCUCCAUACAGAACCCACCCUUCGUUAUUGAAUACGAGACCCGAACCUUCAGGAAAGAUAUGCACAUUAAGUUCCACUCUUCAAACCAGGACUCGGAUGUAAUUAAGACUUAUCUAUGGCCAGCACUUCUGGAGGAAGCGACUAACGGCCCCUGUGUUCAUAAGGGAGUUGUCAUUACUUGAUAACAACACAAAAAUUGAUUUAUAAAUUAUUCAUUCAAUAAAUUAAAGGAUUGGGAAUCAUAUUUAUUACAUCAUUAAUUUA